GGAACGCGCUUGGCUUCGCCAGCUUCCUUCGCUCUCUCCGUUCAUACCCACCGUCGAGCGUUGCAGGGGGCACCGACCAGAGCUGAGAUCAAGUGCAGACGGCCGACACACACCAUGACGAGCAUCACCCCGGCGUCGCCGCGCAAGCGCACCCCGAUCCCCAAGCUGCAGCUCUUCAUCCUGCUCGCCAUCCAGUUCACGGAGCCCAUCACAGCGCUCGUGAUCUACCCCUUCAUUGUCCAGUUCGUGCGCGACACGGGCAUCACCGGUGGGAAUGAGACGAAAACGGGAUUCUAUGCUGGUCUGCUGGAAUCAUCGUUCUUCCUAGCGGAGGGGCUGACGGUGUUCCAAUUCGGUCGGCUAUCGGACAUCUAUGGGCGGCGCCCGCUGCUGCUACUCGCGCCGCUGGGGCACGGCUUGUCGAUGCUGGGAUUCGGGCUGUCCUCGCGCUUCUGGACGCUCUUCAUCUUCCGGUGUUUCCUCGGCGCGUUCAAUGGGAACAUCGGCGUCACUAAAACGGCAAUGAACGAGAUCUCCGACUCUACGAAUGUCGCCGAUAUCUUUUCGAUGAGUCCUAUUGCCUGGUGCUUGGGGUCGACUAUGAGUCCGUUCAUCGGAGGAACGCUAGUGGACGCAGCGAAGAAAUGGCCCGAUACGUUCGGGAAGAUCGAAUACAUACGAAACCACCCGUAUUUUCUUCCUUGUGCGGUGGCGACAGCCAUAUCCUUCUUUGUGUUUGGCAUCGCAUUUGUGGGUCUGAAGGAGACACUCCCGUCCGCCCUGCGAAAAUCUCGCGCGAGCAAGACUAUCCCGUCCCCAAUUCCCAACGAAACAGAUCCGCUCCUAGCGAGUGCGCCUGAGCCAACACCUGUUGAUCAGGAGGGAGAGCUCCUUCCUGUCUCGCAACUGUUCACGAAACCCGUCCGGGUCGCCCUGCUCAAUAUCGGCCUUCUCGCGUUCUGCGAAAUGUCUUCCAGUGCCCUCCUGCCUCUGAUGUACGCGACAUCGGUGGAUCUGGGCGGUCUCGGACUGGAACCGAACACGAUUGGCCUGAUGAUGGGUCUGGCCGGCUUCAGCAACGCCAUCAUCCAGAUGCGGCUGGGCGGCAGCGUCAUCCGGUACUUCGGCGCGCGGCGGCUGUUCACCAUCGCAUUCGGCGCCAUCGCACUCAACAUCGCCAUCUACCCGCUGCUCAACUUCCUCGUGCGCCGCUCCGGCGGACACAUUGACGGGUGGGUCAUCAUGGUGUUGGUCGUGCAGCAGGUCUGUCCGUGCCUGAUCGCCUCCGCGUAUGGUGCGUCGUCCACAUGUUUGCCGUCCGCGAGCAGGGCUGACGAAACCAGCCUCUACGAUGCUCUUCGUCGUCGAGGCGUCUCCGAAUCCGGCGAGCAUCGGCAGCGUCAACGGGCUGGCGCAGAUGGCGUCCACCACCUUCCGGAGCGUCGCGCCGUCUGUCAGCUCCUCUCUCUUUGCGCUGUCGAUCGAGCGGGGAUGGUUGGGUGGAUACCUGGUCUAUCCGGUGUUGAUUUUCUUGGCUAUGAUCGCAGCUCGAUGCACCUUGAUGCUCCCCAAAAAACUGCGCGGCGAAACUUAGAGAUUAGAUGUCAUAGAAUAGAACACUUUUGCGUAACAUGGAUGUGUGCGUGGCGGGAGGCUAGGCAGUGGAGAAACAAAAUUGAUUGAUAUGGACACUCAGCUGAAUUGCC